AUUUCAUGCUGCUCUGAGCUUUGGUCCUUUAAUCAUGUACUUGUAGGACGGAAAGAAAUCAUGAAUAUUCAUCAGGAAAGACCUACAGGCCCGUAAAUAGCCGGUCAAUUGACUAAGUCACUAGCUAAAGUGACAUUGAGUGAAAAUGUUCCAGACAGGACGCCGCUCGUUAAUGGCGUUUCUGCAACUAUGCUAAUUAGCACUAAUUAAAUACGAAACAUCUUGCGUGUAUAUGCAGUGAUCGCCCUUAUCUCUUAAUUAACGUAUUUCGUCUUUCAACAGGUGGCGCAAGAGAUAAUGAAGAGACGACGGUGAAAGAAAAUAAAGAUGCUCGUCGUAAACGAUUCGUUCUGGAAUUAUACUUAUCCGAACGUUACGCAAUGGCCUAUAAAUGACACAGACUCGAAUAACGUCACUCAAAUCAUUAAUGUAACGGCUGCUUACGACAGGCAAAACCCGUACUCGAUCUGGCAGAUAAUCCUACUAGGCCUACUAGCCGGUGGAACUAGUCUUGUAACGAUUUUCGGCAAUCUAAUUGUAGUACUGUCGUUCAUUAUCGAGCGAAGUAUAAGGCAGCCGACGAAUUACUUUAUCUUCAGUUUAUCGAUUAGUGACCUACUGAUUGGUACUUUUUCCAUGCCCAUGUACACGAUCUACCUUCUAAUGGGGAAAAAUUGGCGGCUAGGAGUCGUUAUGUGCGAUCUAUGGCUGAGUGUAGAUUAUUCCGUCUGUUUAGCGUCCAUCUAUACUGUCUUCUUUAUCACAAUCGAUAGAUUCUGUUCUGUAAGGAUACCAGCUAAAUAUCGAAGCUGGAGAACAGAGAGAAAAGUUACAGCUAUGAUCGCUAUCACUUGGAUAAUACCUGUAACUGUUUUCUUUACUUCAAUAAUAGGAUGGCAAUAUUUUGUUGGCAAAAGAACUGUUCCCGAAAGAGAGUGUUAUGUUCAAUUUUUGAAUGAAGGCUAUUUUAAUGUUAUUCUCACAAUUGGUUAUUUUUGGGUUACUCUCAUCGUUAUGUGCGCACUUUAUACAGGAAUCUACAAAGUAGCUUUGGACCUGCAGCGAAAAAGCGAAGCUAAACAUAAAAAAAUGACGUCACUUGUUUCAAUGGCUGGUCAAACUAUGACAAAGAUAGGUAUUGGUAUGUCAAAAAAUACUGAUAUAACAACUUUGGUACCAAACGCAUCGGCAUCUUCCAAAGUUCGACAAACAUCAUUUUCCAAGGGUAAAUCAGAGGAGGAUGAAAAAUCCAGUUCUUUGGGUUUGCCAUCAGAUACAGAUAAUGACCCAAGCUCAUCAGAUCGUCGAAGUCCGAAAGAGAAGAAGAAGAAAAAGAAGGAAGGUGAUGCCCUGAAAAAGAAAAAAUCGGCUAAGAAGCAUUCUAAAACAAAUAGCAUUAAUCAUCUCCCUCCACCACCUAAAGGCAGUGUUGUGCCUGUGUCACCUCCGGUUCUACCCCCAACUGUUAACAUAACCGAUGAAAAUCAUGAAUCACAAUUGCUACUUUCAUCCAAUGCCGAACGCCCCAAUUCUUUUAAAGACGAUGUAAGACUGCUGAAAGAUUGCCCUGCAGAAGAAGAUGAAUCACCCGUGUGGAAACCCAGGUCCACAAAAAAGGAGUUUAAUAAUGCUUCUACAAUGACUUCGCCUACUGUCAAGAUAAGCGAGCCACCAAAACUGUUGCACGUUGAAAAAGAAUCAACACAACGUCCUAGUACAAUUAGUAGUUUUUCUAUGUCCAGUGCACAGAGUUGUAGUUCAGCUGGUUUGAGAGAGGAUAGGCCGAGGAGGAAAUUUGGCUCAAAAUUACCAUUGAGAAAAGCGAUGAAGUCUCUUUCUACACGCCAGCGACGGUCUUCCAGACGCCAGAAUAAGUCGAAGAGCGAGAAUAGAGCACGAAAGGCUCUGAGAACGAUAACGUUUAUCCUAGGGGCGUUCGUCGUUUGUUGGACGCCUUGGCAUGUGCUGUCGAUGAUAAUGAGUUUUGGUGGACCAGUUAAUGAUACUUUGUAUGAUAUUUCUUACUGGUUAUGCUAUUUGAAUUCGCCAAUUAACCCAUUCUGUUAUGCGCUAGCUAAUCAACAGUUUAAACGCACGUUUGCUAGGAUUUUGAAAUUCGAUUGGCACAGAUCGUAAGCGUUAAUUAUAUUGUAUGCAUUUCUAGGUUUGUUGGUUUCAAUUUCUAUAUUUAUGGGGCAGAAAAGGUGCAUAUAAAGUCGUAAGUAUCUGUAAAUAUAAGGAAAAUAUACCUGUGUAUAUUUAUAUAUACAUGCAUUUAUAUAUAUAUAUAUAUUUAUAUAUAUACGCAUAAAUACAUACAUACAUACAUUUAUAUACAUUUAUUUGGUUGUUUAGCAUAAAUAUAACAAACAACCAAGUGAAUAAAGGAUAAAUAGAAUAAAUACUAUUUAAAUAGAUUAAUGAAUAAAGUAAACGAACAAAUAAAA